GGAAAAGCGGGAUUUGGGGGAUUUGGGUCCUUUUCCUGCUCCAUCCCGGGAUAAACUCCCCGCGGGGCUGCAGCAUCCUCGCUGCUGGGGGGAUCGGAAUCCACCCCUGGAUCGGGAGGGGUGCUGUGAUCCCAGAUUUUGGGGGUGCGGUGAUGUUUUUCCAGGAGCUGACGAGGCGACAGAAAAAAAUCCCCUGAGCUGCUCCUUCCAUCCCUCCCUCCCUGCAGCCCCACAAACCCCGCGCGGGAUCCUCCCCCCUCCUCGCUUCUCCGUGGGUUUAAAACUCAUCCCACCGGGAAAAGCCCCCAAAAAACAACAAUCCCCGGCGCCCCGGCAGCGGCGCGCUCUCCCGGGUGAUUGUUGGUGGUUCUUUGUGGGUUUUCCCGGUUUUCCCCCUCCCAGGCAGCGCGGGAGGAGGAAGGGGCCGGCUCAGGUGUGGCUUUAGGACCCAGCGGAUCCCCCGUGCUCGAGAUCCUCCGGCUGCGUCCCGGCCGCGCUCCCGCCCGUCGUUCCAGCAGGAUGAGAGCCACGGGGCUCCUGGUGCUGUGCCUGCCAGCGCUCCUGGUGCAGGGCCAGUACAGCCGAUUCGAGGGCAUCACCUACCCCGAGCCCGUCCAGUACUCCCAGUACGACCAGCAGGCAGAAAUUCAGGACUACUACGAAUACCACGAUGCCACCCCCCGAGCCCCCGAGGAGCAGUUCCGGUUCCAAUCCCAGCAGCAAUCCCAGCAGGAAACCGUGCCGGCCCCGACCCCAGCCGCGGUGCCCGAGACAGAGCCCACGGAGCCGGGACCGCUCGACUGCCGGGAGGAGCAGUACCCCUGCACCCGGCUCUACUCCGUGCACAAGCCCUGCAAGCAGUGCCUGAACGAGAUCUGCUUCUACAGCCUCCGCCGGGUUUACGUCAUCAACAAGGAGAUCUGCGUCCGCACCGUGUGCGCCCACGAGGAGCUGCUGCGAGCCGACCUGUGCCGGGACAAGUUCUCCAAGUGCGGGGUGAUGGCCACGAGCGGCCUCUGCCAGAGCGUGGGCGCCUCCUGCGCCCGCAGCUGCGGCGGCUGCUGAGCCCCGGGGCCGCCCCGGGACCCCGGCCCCGCUCCGGGACCCCGCCCGGGACCCCGGCCCCGCUCCGGACCCGC